UGAGGGAAAUAAGUUCACCACAUCCCACUGGGGUCCUGGGUAGAUGCCAGUUAUCCACAGAAUGCUAUCUAUUCCUCUACCUUGGGAAGUAGAGGCAUGCUGGGACUGUAAAAGCCAACUUUGGCCACAUAGACUGUCACAAGUAAGUAAAUGGGGGAGUGACCAAGUGUCAUUUUCUUGCCAGGAUUUCUGAGCACUGGGCUACACGGUCCCCUUUGGGACUUCAAGUCUGCUAGGACUUAAUAAAGGGAGGGUGGGUGUUAAUAUUACCAGGACCCCUGUGAUGUCCAGCACUGGGCUCUGACCAUCCUGAGGACAUGGUGCCCCCAGGGACCUUUGACACCCUGGGGUCUGAGGGGCCCUGGUUACAAAGGGAGUGGUUGGAGAAGUUGUGGUCUUCAUGGGUCUCACCAGCUUUUCUCCUCUCCCUCCUGCCAACAGCCAGCCAGGCUUCCCUCCAGAAGCGCUGCCUGAGGUGGCCCCUGCAGACAACCCACUUCCCUCCAGGUAAGAGCAGAACUGUGUGGGGUAGAGGUCUUAGUGCUAAUCGCAGGAACUCGGUUCAGACAAGAGAGUUGGGGGAGAAGCUGGACCGGGUUUCUAUGAGGCAAUCUGUCAUCUACUCUUGGGGACCCCUGUGAUGUAUAGCACUGGGCUCUGGCCACCCUGAUGAUACGUUGUGCCCCCUGGGACCUUUGACAUCCAGGGGCCUGAGGGGUUUCCACUCUAGGAGGAUGCUGGGUGGGAGGGUGGCCCUUUGUCACCUACCAGUAUGCCCUGUGUCUUUUUGCAGCCUCUGCAACACCAUUGCUUCUAGCCCUCCUGUUGUCUUUGCCUUGGGGCUGUAAGGGCCAUGGCAGAGAGAGUGCUGGUGCCCACCCAGAUAGGCCGGGGGGACCGCUACUACACGUACACGGAGCUGUUGGCCAUCUCACGGCGUUUCAAGCAGAACCCCAAUGAGCUCAUGGUCACCUGGAUCCUGCGGGUGUAUGACCAGGGAGGCCCUGCCCUGUCCCUGAAUUCUGGGGAGCUGGGGCUGCUGGGUGAUCUCACCCAUGAUGCCAUCUUUAACUACCGCUGCAAGGCUCUGCGAGGGAGCGGCUGCCAGACGCUGCUGAGCUGGCUGCUGCAGGCCUGGCGCCAGCGCUGGGAAUCCUCCCUGCAUUUUGAGGCCACUGAGCUGCCCUUCAGGCCUUGGACCACCAUGGAGGAAGGCAUCCAGCUGGUGCGAGAACUGGGCAUGAUUGAGUGGAUCUACCUUGACCCAGAGGGCCCCGUGGACCUGGCCCCAGAGGAUGUGGCUUUCACUCAGGGCCUACAGCGGCGCCUGCUCACAGCAGCGCCCUCUGAGCUGCGGCUCUCACUGGUCAGCCUUUUGGUGCGUGGCAUGACAGUAUUGGAGGCCGUGAUGGAGAUCCAGACCAUUGCUGAUGUGGGCCUGCUCUGGCGCCAGAGCCAUCCAGGCCGCACCAAGCUCAUGCUGGGCCCUAAUCCAACUCGCAAGGACCUCCUAGGCUGGCUGCUCAGCCACGGCGUGCCACGGGAGCAGGUGGACAGGCAGCCCACCAAGGUACUUCUGGAACUGUACAUCAAAGAAGCCAAGCGCAGCCGAGGCCACCCCAGCUAUGGGCUGGCCGAGGAGCAGCCCCCACCGCCCCCCUACUCCGACCAGGCCUGUGGGGAAGAGCCGCCCGUGCGUCACGACUAGCCCCAGACUAGCUUCAAGAGGACACUCGCACCCCAGGGUUGAAAGUGGGAAGAGGAAUUGCACAGGGGCUGCCUGCAACCUAGGCCACUAGGAGACAGUUUAGCCAGCACCUUCCCUGCAUCCCAUUCCUCCAGCACUUAGUGCCAAGUUCAGUGGCCCCAAAGGGGUGUGCAUGUCCCCAGCCACACAGUCCAUGUGGGACUGUGGCCAUUUGCUGUGAAUCUAGGGUGCUUAUGGCCCUGGAGUUAAAGCCUUUGAGUUGGAGCAUAAGGCCAUGCUGAGGUGGGUGGCCACAUCAGGGACCCCACCCCUCUGUCUCCACGUGGGCCCCAAAGCACUACAUACAGGCCAUCUUGAAUUUUUUACUUUUUCAAUGCAACACUUACAUAGUAUUUUAGGUAUGGGCCACAUUUCCAUGGACUUUUACUGGAUGUUUGACACUUUAGGGACAGUAUCCCUACUAUAAAGGUUUAACAUUGUAAACUUUUCUAAUGCAGCAUUUUUACUUUAUAUUUUAUUUUGAGCUUGUGUGACACUUUGGUUUUGGGGAGAAAAGAGCCUCCUUUUGUAAAAAUUUUGCCUUGGGGGUCCUGGCCCCACUUUCUCUUAACCACGCCCUUCCCUUUCCCUUUUGAGGCACCGACCAGCUGGGACUGGUCUCCCUGGCUGCACACAUGGCCCCUGGCCAGUGUAGAUCUGGGUUUAGUGGAGGGGCGAGGUGGACAGCCCUGGAGCUUCUGCCUUCUUGAGUUCCUAGUAAAUGGCUGGUUCACUGCCCUCUGUGGGGUGUGCUGUUUGACUUGGUCCCGGCGAGGGUAGGAUCGGGGUGCUGAGCUGGGUCCAGGGCAGGUGAGGCACAGGCGUACUUGCCCACCUCUGGCCUGUCUCCAAAGGAUACUCCAGUGCUCUGGUAAGGAAAGGUGGGCUGGUGGGGCCGUCACAGCCUCCGGCUGGCCUUAGCCCCUGC